CGCGCGACGGCGCACGCGUCACACCCCCGCCUUCAAUUAAAACAUCUCAGGGUUCGUCUGCGUGCGAGCGAAGAUGGCGACAGAGUAAAGGAGACCACGGGAAGAUGACAAGGCCUCUACCGUCAAACAAAGCUUUUCAUCCCGCCUAAGAGAUGCCCGUGAAUGAGUAAGAUUUGGAUGCGUACGAUGUGUUUUCAAGGCGAUGCGGGGUAGGUGAUGGGGAAUCUCGCAGCAUGUGCUUUAUUAUGCACUGUCUCGGCAAUUCAGACGCAGGUGUUUUCAGAGCAGAUACAUUUUGAGCACCAUGUGAAAGAGAUGCUUCGAUCCAUCAUGUAACCGCCGCGUUGGGCAACGUCACGGGGGAAAUAUUGCGGAGGAGUGAGCUCGCGCUUUUGCCUCCCCCUCUAAAAUAUGAUCACGGGCACCUGGCGGUGUGGAAGGAAACUUGACGCCCCGUUAGAAAUCUGCUGCGUGACCGAACCAAUCGACAAACCGUGCGCGGAGCCGGAGAAGGUGCAGAGAUGGCGCAUGAGCCUCGCAUCACUGCUCUUUUUCACGGCGCUUCUGUCUGAUCACCUCUGGCUCUGUGCGGGAGGCAAGCUCCGCUCGAGAGACCGGAAUCACCGGAGAACGUGGAGCAACGCGAGUCACGACGCCCAGACGGGCCUACGCGAUGAGGACUGCGGGGUUCUCUUGAGCAAUCUGACAGAAAACGGGCCGGAGUGCGUGGAGGCUGACGCAGAACGCCGCGCGCCUCUGGAGUCCGCGUGCUCUACGCUUUACCGGCAGAAGAGCGGCGCAGUGGGCUCCUCCUAUUCUGUACCGGUGCCCACAGUGCCUCCUCACGCGUUUUUAGAGUACUUCCGGAAUUUUAGCUUGUCGUUUUGCGACGCGUUGACGAUAGCGGACCUGCUGGAGAGCAUGGCCAGCCCGGACGGGAUGAACUGCAGUCUGGUCCGUGUCAUUCGUGACCUGUUCAGCGGCGGACCGGAGGACGGGGAUGUGUGCAGCGCAUGUGUGCACGCUUACAUCCGGCUCGACCAACACGCUCAGGAAAAAUAUGAGGAGUUUGACAUCCUUACGCGCAAAUACAUGGCGGAUGACUACUCCGUGCGAGCGCACACUCACCUGUGUCAGGCUGUGUAUAAAGCCUGGCUUUGUGCAGAAUAUUUUCCGGUUCCCCAGCAGCAAUGUGUUAGGUGGCUUCCAUGCAAGCACUACUGUGGAGAGGUCACAGCCAGCUGCCCCUUCAUUCUACCUGACAACGACAGACUGCUGUAUGCCGGCCUGCCCAGCUUUCUCUGUGCAGGUAAACAUCAGUCAACACAGAACUGCAAGAAGAGUCUUUGUCCAUUGAAGGUCCAAAUUGCUGUGAUGUCAGAUGGAGUGGGUGUGACUCGGCUGUGGGGGCUGCGUGUGCUUUGGCACAACUCCCGGGCUCAUUUUCUUUGCAUAGGAGGUUAUCAUCAGGUGCUGCGUCGUCUACAAGUCGUCUCCAUGGCAGUAAAUUUAAACUGUGUGUGCUUGUUCUCUUCUUAUUGCAAACUGUCAUCACUAUAACAACCUUGCAGCAUUGCAGCACUGGCUCCUUGGAGACCAUAGUACCUCUUGACGAAGUUUCUAUGAGGGAGGAGUAAGGAACUGUAACAAUUCCCUACUAAAUGGAAGACGUGCAUGCUGUAAAGUGUUUUCCUCUGCUGUACAUGAGAUGAACCUUGCCAAAUGCCUGAAAUGCACAAGAAGUCUCACAAAGUGUGUCGGUGCUUGUCUUAAUGAGGGUUGGAACAUUGGGCCUGAUCUAAGCAUGUGUGCAUUUUUGUUUUGAGUGAGUGUGUGUGUUUUUAACAGUUUUUCAGUGUUUUGUUUGUUUUAUCAGGACUAAUCUCCAUAUUUAUGUCUUGUUUUAGACAACAUUCUUGGAAACAAAAAUGAAUGUAUGAAGAAUGUAUGACAAUUUCUCCUCUAAUAAAUCUAAGUUCUGCAUACUUUCAGAUAGUGGUCAUGAGAAUCUAAAGUUUAGGUUAGUUUGUGUCUCAGAACAUUUUGCCUCCUCCAGUCCAGAUGUGUACACUGGGUACAGGUGGUUGCUGAUCUUAUACAAUCUGAAUUAAGAGCAGUUUCUGCUGGCAUUCUCAACUAUUUUCUUUUUCUUUUUGUACUUCCUUUGGACAGGAUAAUUUUCUGGACUAUGCUUGUUAAUCUGUUACCAUCCCUCUUACUCUCAUUCUAAAGGCUUCAACACACUGCUCUAGCCAACACCAAUUAACGCCUUUCACUCUCAUGAAUUUUAUGUUAGUCUUGAUGAUUUGGGGCUGUCUAGGGGGCUUUGGUAGUCACUGUACCAUUUAACAGAUGCUUUUCUUCCAAAACAUCUCACAAUGCACAAAUUGGAAAAAUAUUGUGGGAAAAACUUUGGAAACAUUACAAAUCCACUCCAUGUGGACUGUCACAUUUCUGCAAACUCUCCAGCAACAUGAUAGCAAAUGUAAAUUA